GGAGACCCGGGCACGGGGAGCCCCGGCUCUCGCCAUGCGGUGAAGGGCGAGCGGUGCGGCGGCGGCGAUGAGUGCCUCUUCGGCCACCGGCGUGUUCGUGCUGUCCCUCUCGGCCAUCCCGGUCACCUACAUCUUUAACCACCUGGCGGCCCAGCAGGAUUCCUGGACAAUUGUGGGGGUUGCUGCCCUCAUCCUGCUCCUGGUGGCCCUGUUGGCUCGAGUCCUGGUCAGAAGAAAACCACCCCGGGACCCACUAUUCUAUGUGUACGCAGUGUUUGGAUUCACCAGCGUGGUGAACCUCAUCAUAGGACUGGAGCAAGACGGCAUCAUUGAUGGGUUCAUGACACACUACUUGAGAGAGGGCGAACCCUAUCUGAACACUGCCUACGGACACAUGAUCUGCUACUGGGACGGCUCUGUUCAUUACCUGAUGUACCUGGUGAUGGUGGCAGCCAUAGCAUGGGAGGAAAGUUACAGAACCAUUGGCUUAUAUUGGGUCGGAUCCAUUAUAAUGAGCAUUGUUGUUUUUGUGCCUGGAAAUAUCGUAGGGAAAUAUGGAACACGAAUUUGCCCUGCCUUUUUCUUAAGCAUACUAUAUACCUGUCUUCCUGUCUGGGCUGGUUUCAGAAUCUAUAAUCAGCCAUCAGAAAGUCAAAAUUAUCCCACAAAGGUUAUUCAAGAAGCCCAAGCAAAGGACCUGCUGAGAAGACCGCUUGAUUUAAUGUUGGUUUUGUGUCUCCUCCUGGCAACUGGGUUCUGCCUGUUUAGAGGUUUGAUUGCUUUGGAUUGCCCAGCUGAGGUCUGCCGAUUAUACACACAAUUUCAAGAGCCCUACCUGAAAGAUCCUGCUGCUUAUCCUAAAAUUCAGAUGCUGGCCUACAUGUUCUAUUCUGUCCCUUACUUCGUGAUUGCGCUUUAUGGCUUGGUGGUCCCUGGAUGUUCCUGGCUGCCUGACAUAACGCUCAUGCACGCUGGAGGUCUAGCUCAGGCUCAGUUCUCUCACAUUGGUGCUUCCCUUCAUGCGAGAACUGCUUAUGUCUACAGAGUCCCUGAAGAAGCGAAAAUCCUUUUCUUAGCAUUAAACGUAGCAUAUGGAGUUCUUCCUCAGCUCUUGGCCUAUCGUUGUAUCUACAAACCAGAGUUCUUCAUAAAAACAAAGGCAGAUGAAAAAGUGGAAUAAAAUUACACUUCAUGUGCUUCCUCGAGAUUACGGACUCAUUAUACUGGUACUACUAUUUUGCCUCACUCUGCUCCCUUCUCCACCCAUGAAUAUUUAAGAAAGCACAGGUUCUUGUUUGCAUUGUAUGUGUGAACAGCAAGAACAAUGGUAUUGAGUAGGUUAAUUUUCCUUUUUUGAAUGAAAAUUGAAGAAGCAAUUUAUUUAAAGAAAUAUAUCACAUUUAUCUGUGAAUAAAUCUAUCUCAACAUUCUGUUGCACAUAUGAAUGAAAACUACAAUUCUAGUGCCUACAAAUAGCAUAAAAAUGAAACUAGUCAGAAGUGAAUCUGGUCUAUGCAUAUAAAACAAUUCAAAACAAAAAUCACAGGCUGGAGUAUUAUUUCUGCAUAUAAAAUGUAUAUGCUUUAUUUUCAACCUUAAUAUAAAAGGCAGAUUAGAGUAUUUUUAAAUGCUGUUUGAAAAAUGUCUUCCCAAGGAAAGUAUAUUAUUUACUGUUGUUUCAAAAUUGCUUUUACUAAAACUUUGUGUGAACCUAAAUAGCUAACAUGGUAUAAGUCAACUUGCUCAUUACCCUUAAUGAGUAAUUAUUUUAUUGGUGGCUGGCAAUAUUUUUAUUGUAUUUCUGUGUGUAUUUUUAAUAAAAUUAUUUUUGACCUUUUA